AUGAAGAGAUCGAGCAUGAAGCUGUGUAGUCAAGUCUUUGUAGAAGUGUGGACGGAUGUCCAGCUGGGCGGAGGAACGUUGCUGUACUCCGAGCGAGAAUUAAACACUGGUGAAGUGUACCCCAUUGGAGACAUAGCACUCACGAAGGAGCAAAAGUUUCCAUAA